CGAUGGAAUUUCGACCGUCCCUUACCUGGUCGCACACGUGUAUACUGGCACGUGUAUUGCGCUCGUGUUAGGCUUCUUUCGUUGUCGCUAAAUCAGAACCCGCCAAAAACAUUCUGUAGCCGUUAGAACUGCAAACGUUUAAACUUUUAAAAGAAUUGAAAUGUUUCCUAACGAUGCCAUUCACAUCUCCUUUCCUUCUUCCUCACACCAAAUACCUCUCUCGAAAGGCCAUUUCUCUCCUCCAAGACUCCACCAAUCUCUGCCAUCUCCUCCAAAUCCACGCCCUCAUUAUCAAAACCUCCCUCCACCACAAUCCUUUCGUCCUCGCCAAGCUCUUGCGCCGCUGCUCUUCCUUGAACCCCUCGCCGGUAACCUUAUCCUACGCACGCUCGAUCUUUGACGGCAUCUCAUCCCCUGAUGCCUUCAUUUGGAACACCAUGAUCCGCGCUUAUUUGAAUGCGCAAGACCCACAAGAAUCCGUUUCUCUUUUUUGCCGUAUGAGACUUCAGGAAGGGAUGGUUGUCGAUAGUUUCAGCCUUUCGCUUGCUCUUCAGGCUUGUGGAAGAUCUAUCGAUGUAAGAAUGGGGGAGAAUAUUCAUACCCAUGUUUUGAAACUUGGGUUCGGAUCGGAUUUGUUCGUGCAGACAGCCAUGAUGGAAAUGUAUGCAAAAGUGGGGGAUAUAAAGCUUGCAAGGAGCGUGUUUGAUGAAAUGCCUGAGUGUGAUUUAGUAUCAUACAAUGUUUUGUUAGCAGAGUAUGUUAGGUUUGGGGACAUUGGAUCCGCACGCCAGCUGUUCAAUAUGAUGCCUGACAGGGAUUUGGUUUCUUGGAACAUCAUGAUUCAUGGUUAUGCCACAAGUGGUGAUCUAGGCACUGCAAGACAAUUGUUUGAUAGAAGUUGUGGAAGAGAUUUGGUUUCUUGGAGCUCGAUGAUAACAGCUUAUGCCAGAAGUAGGCAAUCUACUGAAGCAUUGAGGCUGUUUCGGGAGAUGCAAUUAUCAAAAGUCGUUCCAGAUGGGGUCACUAUGGUUAGCGUUUUGUCUGCAUGUGGCGACGUGGGCGCAUUAACCAUAGGCAAGAUGGUACAUGACUUUAUAGAAAGAAGUGGGAUUGAAGUAGAUGUGAAGCUUGCAACCUCUCUUGUAGACAUGUAUGCGAAGUGUGGGGAUAUCGAGAAUUCACUUAAAAUCUUUAAUAGCAUGAAUGUGAAGGAUGUUCUUAAUUGGAGUGCCAUGAUCAUGGGGCUUGCAUUCCACGGAUACGGAGAGUUUGCUCUUGAUCUUUUCUCUAAGAUGAUAUCAGAAGGAAUUCAACCAAAUGACAUUACAUUUGUGGGAGUGCUAAGUGCCUGUGGCCAUGUUGGUCUUGUUAAUAGGGGCCGAACGUAUUUUUCAUCCAUGAAUGAUCAGUAUGGUGUUAGCCCUAAGAUUGAACACUAUGGAUGUAUGGUUGAUCUUUUGGGUCGAGCAGGCUGCCUUCAAGAGGCUAGAGAGCUCAUUAGAAGUAUGCCAUUUGCGCCAGAUGCUGUUGUGUGGAGGGCGCUACUUGGCGGAUGUAAAAUCCAUAAAAAUGUAGAAUUAGCAGAAGAGGCUAUAAUCAAUCUCCUUGAAUUGGAGCCUCAUGUAGAUGGGCAUUAUGUGCUUUUAUCGAACAUAUAUGCCCAGGGCAAGCGGUGGGACAAGGUUGCAAAUGCUAGAAAAAUGAUGAGAGGCAAUAGCAUUCAGAAGGUCCCAGGAAGUAGUUCGAUCGAAGUUGACGGUGCUGUUCAUGAGUUCGUUGCAGGUGACAAGUCACACCCCAAGACUGAGGAAAUCUAUGGCAUGUUAGCUGAGAUGACUGAUCGACUAAUUCACACUGGAUUCAAACCAAUGACGUCUUUAGUUUUGCAAGACGUGGAUGAGCAAGCAAAAGAGGAUUUGCUUGCCCAUCAUAGUGAGAAACUAGCAAUUGCUUUUGGACUUCUGAGCACCGCUCCUCAAUCCCCUAUUCGAGUUGUGAAGAAUCUUCGAGUAUGCAAUGAUUGUCAUUCAGCCAUCAAGCUUCUUUCCAUAAUUUACGAUCGUCUGAUUAUUGUUAGGGAUCGAAACCGUUUCCAUCAUUUUUCUGGUGGGUUUUGCUCCUGUGGGGACUACUGGUAAAAGAAGGGCUAGAUAAUGAUCCACCAACCAAAUGAUGACAGAUGCUAGUUUGUAUUUAAUUCAAGUUCUCCAUCAGGUUCUAAUGUUAUUAUAGGUACCAAUGAUGAGAAAAAGCCUAUUUGAUUCUGUCUGGGGUAAAGCGAUUCCUCCUAGAGCGAAGUUUUGUUGGACGAUAGUAGCAAACAAGAUGCUUACUUUCAGCCAUUUGAAGAAGUGAAAGCAUAUGAUGGCAAUUCCAAAUUGUGCUUUGUGUGCAAGGAGGAAGAAACGUAUGCACAUUCGUCCAUCUAUUAUACAUGGCAAUGAUUGUAUAUCGUUUCUUCUUCUCUCUCCGCAAUGAAUUGGGAUUUUCAAGGUUUGACAGCCAGAAUCUUUCAAGUUGGUCCUUUUAAAUAGAGAGUAAGGGUUGUUGGGGAUCAAUUCCAUUCGCCGUGCUUUGGCAGAUCUUGAAGGAGAAAAAUAAGAGUGCUUCUGAUAGAUAAAAUCUGGCUUUUAUGUUGUGUUUGACUCUUGCUUGAAAGAACUUUGGUGGGGUUUCAGUGACCAAUUUGAUGAGAGAUAAUGAAACAAUUUCUGUGGAGGUGUGUCCUCCCUAGAUGCUGGAAGCUCAAUUUUGAUGGAUCGUCUUUUGGGAAUAUGGGUCCUUCAGGUAUGGGAGCUGCCAUCCAGGGCAAUGUGGAUUUGUGAGAUCUUUCGUGGCCCAAUCGAGUUGGCAGAUUUGGAUAUGGGUUAGACCAUGGCUUUAAGAGAAUGUCUUGUAAUCUGUCCAUCUUUGUUCUCUGGCAGCCUUGUAGUGGAAGAGGAUACGAAGAACAUUGUCUAUAUAAACCAGCCAUGGACAAUUCCGAGACCACUUAAUUCAAAGUUUCUAAGCCUCUUUUCUCUCUCCCAAGUCUCCAAACCACUUUCUCAAACUAAGCCUUUAUUCUACGUUGUUAUUCAAUUCAGCUCUUAUGUAACAUAAUUUACAGAUUGUUUUGAGUUUGGAUAUAUUUGAGGUUA